AAAAAAGUCCCGAACACGCCCAAUUGAGCUCCCCACCACCGGCCUUUCGCAAUUCCCCUACGAGCCCCGUGUUAUAGACCUUUCACACACACGACGGACCCGGGAUGGUAUAAUGCUAGCUCUCUGGUCUCGCACCGUGCAGGCCAGCCGGUCCUGUCAGUGUGGACCAUGUCUGCAAGCCGGCGCGAGGAUUGCUCGGACGACGAGCGGGGGCACAGCAGCGGCGGCGCGACGACGGUUACGGCCGAGCGAUGUGUUUACGGCGAGUUUCUCGGCGAUGCUGGCGACGGCCGCGGUGUAUGAUACGAGGAGGAAGGAUGAGCGGUUGUUGCAGUGGGAUCAGGCGAUUGAGGAGGUGAGGUCGGGGAAGGAUUUGGCGAGUAUCUCGACGCCGGGACGGGUGUCGAUUGGGAAGGCGGCGGAUGAGGAGUCGAAUAUUAUGGGGAAUGAGGUCGAGGAGUAUACACCGGAUGCGAAUAUAUGUCGGAAGCUGGAGGAGGGCGCAACGACGGUGCGGAAACUCAUGAGUUUUGUGCCGAUGCCGAUACUUGAAGCACCGCAGUCGACGCCGAGGCGGAGGGAAUCGAUGACUCCGGUCUGGGACGAAUUGGAGGGUAUGCUGUGGGAGAGCGUUCAAGAGUCGGGGAACUGGAAUAAUAUAAAUCAGGCCAAUCGGCGGGAGGGUUCUACGAAGGAGAGAUCCCCGGUUGCGGUCGAGAGCGAUCGCAGGCUACUGGAAGGGAACGAAUUCGCUGCUUCGACAAUGUCGCAUUGGGACCCCCGGACGACAUAUCAAUUGGAUCGACUGGCGCGCAACGUUAAUGCACUCGUGCACGAACUUUGGCAAGCUACAUCGAUGGGGCAAAAAGGAACCGCAAGGCGCGGGGUGGGAACAGAUGCGGGAAUGGACGCUGAGAUGGAAGCUAGGUCCGAAAUCAGGCGGCUGACUGAGCUUAUGAUGCCGAUGUUGGAUGGCACUACGGCAGCGCCAGACUACCCCAGGGUAGGCACCGUGGGGAGCAAUUCAGACUCGCAAAGUCUGAACGCAACACUUGAUUCUAUAACAAAGACGCUUGGAUUCAAAGAGCGGAAUUACGAUCUAAUGAUUGCGAAGAUCUGCUACAACCUUCUCACCUCAACAUCAGUGCCGAACGCCGCCACGUACGAGCUAUUAAUCCGCGCCUUCACGAAGCUACGACAACCCGAGCUCGCCGAGGUGGUAGUGCACCAGUUCAAGAACAACGGCUUACGUCCCGACGAGGGUAUACUAUCAGCGAUACUCAUGCAUUACGGGAUGUCACGCGACCCCGAGAAGUUCUACACAACCGUCCGACAAAUGGCCGGUCUAGAAGACGGCCUAGGCUUCGAGAGACAUCAUAUCUUCGACCUGACCAAACCCACAGUGCAAAAAUGGGCGCUGGACACAGACGUCAUACACCGAGAUGGGUAUCUACAAGAGAAGGCGCACCGGAACUCGGAUAUCUUCGAGUCUCUGAUCCGAGGGUGCAUGACCUUCCACAACCUGGACGGGGCGCUGCGGUACCUCAAGACGGCUAUCAAAGAGGGUUGUUACGUGCGCACCCAGGUCUUCGCCGAUAUUGUAUAUUACAGCCUCACGUGUCCCGAGCGGACCAGCGCGCUCCUCCGCAUCGUCACGGCGCUGUCGUGGCAGUUUGGGAAGAAAGAGAAGCCGGGGGGCGGGCUGGACUACAACUCAGACGUGCGGGGUAAGAUCCACGAUGUUCUCGAAGCCUGUGGUUUAGGCUCCGCAUUAUCGGGAGCGGCAGACGCGGCGGAGGUGAUACAGGAUGUCCAGCACCCGCUGGCGCGGUACAUAUACCCCGAGCAGUUCGCGGCGAUGAUACGGCAUUUCCACGCCGAGGAGGCGAAGGAUAUGGCGAGUUAUCGGGCGAGGAGGGUGUCGUUGCCUUUUAGGGAGAGGAUAAGGGGGGAGGGGGAGGUGAGCAGGAUGAGAGUUGAGGAGAUACCCAGGGAGUUUGGAGGGAUGUUGAUGGCGGAUUUGCCGAGCUUUGUGAAGAUUUCGAAACUAGUGGAGGAGGAGGGAGGAGGGGAGGAUGGGGGGGUGUUUGUGGCGCCGCCUAGCCUGGUAGAGGUUGUGGAGGAAGCUAGGUCUAACUUUCGACCUAUGGCAGCGACGUCAUAUUGUGUUGGAGGUCUUGGUGAGGAGGAGUAUGCCGAGGAGGGACCGCUGGCGGGGUGUUUUUAAGAAUAGAAUAAAUAGACUUGAGGGAGUCUGGAUCUGGGUUGGAUACCCUACGGUGCAUAUGUGGCUAGUUGGUAGGAUAGUGUACAUACCAUACUGUAAAAGUAAUGAUAACCUUGAAUAAUGAGGAAG